GAUAACAAGAUAAAAUUAUCAAUAUUUUCAAAUUUUAUGCUUUUUCUAAUUAGAAUAGAUUUGUUAAUUAACAUUUUUAAUUAUUUAAUAAAAUGAUUUACCCACCAUCAUUUAAAUAUGAAAUUGUCAAAGAUGACAAUGUAAAUAUAACUUUAAGAUGUGAUGUGAAAUCUAUGGAAGACACCAAUGUGUGGGUUGCUGAGUUUGGUAAAAUAAAUUAUUUAAAUUGGAACGUUAGAACUAGUGUUCCAAAUGGGCAGCGAAUUGUGUGUUCAAAAAACUUUGUUUGUCAACAUAGUGGAUUUCAGAAGCCUAGUAUAUCUGAAAAUCAAAAAGGAAUUUCGAAAAAUGCUGAAUGUCCAGCUAAGGUUAAGGCUGUUAUUAAACUGGACACAGUAUCUACAAGGAAGAAAGAUCCAUUUAUUAAGGUAUUUAUAAAUUCAAUUAAACUCAUAAUUAAUUUUUUUGUCUUUUUGUUUAGCUUGUGAAUUUGUCCAGAUCA